CCAAGGUGAAAAGGAGAACCCCAUGCGGGAGCUGCGCAUCCGCAAGCUCUGCCUCAACAUCUGCGUUGGGGAGAGCGGGGACAGGCUCACCCGAGCGGCCAAAGUGCUGGAGCAGCUGACGGGCCAGACCCCCGUCUUCUCCAAAGCACGAUACACCGUAAGAUCCUUUGGAAUCAGGAGAAAUGAGAAGAUUGCUGUUCAUUGCACGGUUCGCGGGGCCAAAGCAGAGGAGAUUCUGGAGAAGGGGUUGAAGGUGCGAGAAUACGAGUUGAGAAAAAAUAACUUCUCGGACACUGGGAACUUUGGCUUUGGAAUCCAGGAGCACAUCGACCUGGGGAUUAAAUACGAUCCCAGUAUUGGUAUCUACGGCUUAGACUUUUAUGUGGUGCUGGGCAGGCCUGGUUUCAGCAUUGCUGACAAGAAACGCAGGACUGGCAACAUUGGAGCCAAGCACAGAAUUGGAAAGGAAGAAGCCAUGCGUUGGUUUCAGCACCAAUUUGAUGGCAUCAUCCUUCCUGGUAAAUAAGCAGUUCCUGUUACAAAAAAAGCAAAUAAAAUUUUCU